AUGGGCUCUUAUUCUUCUCAGAUUCGCCACAUGAUGCUCGUCCUUACUGUAUCCAUUUUCAUCUUUUUGUCAUUGCAAAGAACCCACAUUUUGAUUGCUGAUGCGUCCGCAUUUGAUGCAGCAGAGUGCUUUAAACUUCAGAGCCCACAAGAGCUUGAAUUCAUGGAGGAAAGUGGUGAAGAUGGUAAUGAGAAGCAGAUUGAGAAAGUUUCAGGAGAGGACGAGAAUGAAGAAUAUGCGAGCUUGAUAGUGCAAAAAUUCAGAGCCUUACUAGGGUUGACAGGCUCCAAAACAGGAAACCCACCAAGUGAGUUUCAGUCACCAGCAUCAUCUCCUUCAACCUCCAUAGAAGCUGAGGCUCCAGCUCCUGCCCCUGCUACUGCUUCAGUGUUGCCUAUCCAAGCACAUUCUCAUUCCCCUUUUCAUCACUCAAAUUCAAUCCUUCCUGCGCCCAAAAUUCUAAAAACGCACAGAGAAAAAAGCAGAUUUAGAAGAAUUUUAGCAGGAGUGCUUGUGUCAGCAGGAGCUGCCUUUUUUGUCAGUGUUCUUGGGCUUAUCUGGGUCUCUGGAAAAUUCAGAAAGAAGAAAAGAAUAUCUGCAAGAAUAAUGUCGGUGUAUAAAAAAAAGGUAGGAAGAACCAGAGGUAAAUCGAAGUAUACAUUUACCCAAAAGCCAGCAAGCAAGGAGAGCUUAAAUCCUGUUCUUGAUCUUUUGUACCUUAAAUCAUCAGAAAGGGAUUUAGAGCUAGAUGAUACUUGUCUUAAACAAACUACUGUAGAUACAUUUCAUGAAAGAAAGGAAUCAAACCAAGAACUGAUGAUAAAAUCAGAAAUUGAUAAUGCUAAUAGUUCUUCCACAAGGGAAAUCAUGUCUGUUCAUGAGGAUGUAGAAUCUAUCAAGUUUGAAUCUGAUGGUGGAAACUCUUCCCCUGCAGAAAAAGUUAUUCCCAUUGAAGGCCAUUCCUCUGAUGAUGAAUCUUUUCAUUCUUUUGUCGAUUCACGUUCAUCUUAUUUCAGGUUUUCCAGUGCUUCAGCUGGUAGUCUUACUGAGAUAUCAGAAAUUUCCCCUUCAAAAGUGACCAAGAUUUCAUCAUCUUCUCUAAUAGCUACUUCUUCCACAAAAUUAGACAUUCCGCAAGCCACUUCAGAAUGUAUCUCAACCCCUGCUUUGAAUUUACAACCAAAAUUUCCUCAAUCUCCAGGAAUAAGAAAAGCAGAUAAUCUGACAGUUUCAUCUCCAUCAGAUUCUGAUGUGAAUUUUGCCCCACCACCUCCUCCUCCUUCUCAAGCUCCAUCUGCUCUAGCUCCAACUAUGCCCUUCCAUAUUUCAUCUUCUUCUCCACUGCCAAAUUUGUCAUCUCCUAGGAAAUCAGAUUCUUCUUCAGGAUCAAACCAGACAGUUCAAAAUGAGUUGGUUUCAUCAGCCCAGACAUCUCCCAAGACUUUACAAGCUUUUUCGAGUAUCCCUUCCUCCUCUUCACCAUGUCCACAAGGAAAUAGCAGCUCUGCCAAAGGUCCACCUCCUCCACCUUGUCCUCCUCCAGUUCUACAAGGAAAUAGUAGCUCUACCAAAGGUCCACCUCCUCAACCUUGCUCACCUCCAUCUACGAAAGGAAAUAGUAGCUCCACCAAAGGCCCACCUCCUCCACCGUCUCAGCUUCCUCAAUAUUCACAGGGCAAAGCUAGAGUUCCACUGCCAAAAUUAAAGCCUCUUCAUUGGGACAAAGUUAGAGCUGCACCUGAUCGUAGUAUGGUGUGGGACAAGAUAAGGUCAAGCUCAUUCGAGUUGGACGAGGAGAUGAUUGAAUCACUUUUUGGAUAUAAUUUACAAGUUACAAUGAAGAAUGAUGAAGAAAAGAGUAAAACCCCAUGCCCAAACAAACAUGUCCUAGAGCCAAAGAGACUGCAGAACUUAACCAUACUCUCAAAAGCCUUGAAUGCAACUCCUGAGCAAGUAUGUGAAGCAUUAAUAAGAGGGGAUGGCUUGAGUUUACAACAACUAGAGGCGCUGACAAAGAUGGUACCCACCAAGGAAGAAGAGGCUAAGCUUGCAGACUAUACAGGAGACAUCAAUGAAUUGGGACCUGCAGAAAAGUUUGUUAAAUUAGCACUUACCAUACCAUUUGCCUUUCUAAGAGUUGAAGCAAUGCUUUAUAGAGAAACUUUUGAAGAUGAGGUGGUUCAUCUGAGAAAUUCCUUCUCAAUGCUGGAGGAUGCCUGCAAAGAACUCAGAUCAAGUAGACUUUUCUUGAAGUUACUUGAAGCAGUACUCAAAACAGGAAACCGUAUGAACGUUGGAACAAUUAGAGGUGGUGCUAAGGCAUUCAAGCUUGAUGCUCUUCUUAAACUUGCUGAUGUGAAAGGAACAGAUGGCAAAACUAGCUUACUCCAUUUUGUAGUCCAAGAAAUAAUUCGAACAGAAGGGGUUCGAGUUUCAGACAGUAUUAUGGGAAGAAUCAGUCAGAAGAACAGAAGCAAGACAAAUGAACAAAGAGAAGAAGAUUACAGAAGAAUGGGUUUAGAGCUUGUUUCAGGUCUAAGUACAGAACUCUAUAAUGUCAAGAAAACAGCUACAAUUGAUUUGGAUGUUCUUGCAAGCUCAGUCUCUAACCUUUCUGAAGGAAUGUCUAAACUGCAACAUUUAAUAAUCAAGGACUUGUCCGAAGAUGAAAAGAGUGGAAGCUUUGUUCAUUCAAUGAAAACAUUCAUAAAUUAUGCAGAAAGGAAUCUGAAGGAGUUGCAAGAAGAUGAACACAGAGUACUAUUACAUGUUAGAGAAAUUACAGAGUACUUUCAUGGAGAUGUGAGCAAAGAAGAAGCAAACCCACUUCGUAUUUUUGUUAUUGUUAGAGACUUUCUAGGGAUGUUGGAUCAGGUGUGCAGAGAGCUCAGCAGACUGAAAGUUCCUCGUAGUCCAAACCCACUUGCUCCAUUUCGGUAGAUUAAUGAGUUUAUAAGAGGAAAUCAUCCAAUCACAAAUAAAAAAUGUAUUUUCUCUUUUUGGUUUUGUUAUUUUUAUUACGAAUUUUCAUGCAGAAUUUGGGCUCGUUUAGAUUCAGUUGCCUAGAAUUCUUGCAUAUAGAUGGGAUUAGAGAUUUAAUUCAGACUCAACUACUUGGUUGGCGGAUUUCUAAUAACAAUUUAAGA